AUGGUGAUGGGUGAUGGCACGCCCCUUCUCGGCUCCUCUGCCUCCGCAUCCUCAGCGCAAGACGGUACCGAUCUCUCAUCGGAAAAGUCUCCUGCUUCCUUAAAUCAGCCCAUCAGCAUCUUGUGGGAGGCGGACAUCACUUUCCUCUUUGUGAACUUGAUCUUCCUGCGACCGGGUCUGGAGGAGGCGAGUGCUGCCGUGGAGUGUCAGCGUACACAAUCU